GUGUGUGGCCUUCUCCCUGGUGGCCAGCAUGGGCAACGAGAGAGGGGCUAUAGGUAACUGGUGCCUAGCCAUCUGGUGCCUCUGUUUUGUUUCACCAUGACCGUCUUCAUCUCUAUGUUUGAGUGCUGCUACGACGACUACUUUCCUUUUUUCUGGUUCAAAUUUCCCAUCACCUUUGCCUGCUAUGCGGCCCUCCUCUGCCUCUCGACCUCCAUCAUCUACCCCGUCCUCUACGUCCAGUACCUGCCUGAUGGUCCUUCCCGAGACCGGGCCAUCGCUGCUUCUGCGUUCUCCUGCAUCACGUGCAUGCUCUAUGCCACAGAUGUGGCCUGCACAUGGAAAUACUACAAGCUGAGGAACAUCCCCUGCUAUGUGCACACCUUACCAGGCCUGCUAAAGAUUCUGGAGAGCGCUGUGGCCUGUGUCAUCUUUGUCUUCCUCAGCAACACCUCCCUGUACCUGCACCAGCCGGCCCUGAAGUGGUGCGUGGCCGUGUACUCCAUCUGCUUCGUCCAGGUAGCCGUGGCCACGCUGCUGAGGCUGAGGGGCUGGGAGAACAGACUGCCCCUCCGGCUCCCCAUUUUCCAUCUGGGGCAGACCCUGUUCUCAGUCCUCCUCUAUGUCAGCGCUUGGUCCUCUGGCCACUCUACCAGUUUGACGAGAAGUUAGGUGGACAACCCCACAGGUACAGCGAUAUGAGCUGCUUUGAUGAGCUCACCGACUAUGGCUGCGUCUGGGACCAGCGACUGGCUGUGGCCAUCCUAACAGCCAUCAACCUGCUGAUUUACGUGGCUGACCUGGUGUACUGGGCUUGCCAGGUUUCUGUAGGGACUGAGGACCAGCCCAGUA